AUGUCGAUCUUCGAGUACAAUGGAAGUGCCGUCGUGGCUAUGGUGGGGAAGAACUGCUUCGCUAUAGCCAGUGAUCGGAGGCUCGGUGUGCAAUUACAGACCAUCGCUACCGAUUUCCAGAGAAUCUCUAAGAUCCACGAUCAUCUCUUCAUCGGACUUUCCGGUCUCGCUACCGAUGUCCAGACAUUGAACCAGCGACUCGUAUUUCGUCAUAAUUUAUAUAAGCUUCGGGAAGAAAGAGAUAUGAAGCCAGACACUUUCGCUAGUCUUGUAUCUGCCAUUCUUUAUGAGAAAAGAUUUGGUCCAUACUUGUGCCAACCUGUGAUUGCUGGACUCGGAGAAGAUAACAAACCUUUCAUCUGCACAAUGGAUUCGAUUGGAGCCAAGGAGUUGGCUAAAGACUUUGUCGUCUCUGGAACUGCUUCAGAGUCACUAUAUGGUGCCUGUGAAGCCAUGUACAAACCAGAUAUGGAAGCUGAGGAAUUGUUUGAGACAAUUUCACAAGCACUUCUCUCUUCAGUAGACCGUGAUUGUCUUAGUGGAUGGGGAGGACAUGUCUACGUUGUAACACCAAAUGAAGUCAAGGAGAGAAUCCUCAAGGGAAGAAUGGACUGA